AUGGUGGAUGAGAUGGAAGAUGGACAAGGUGUGAAAGACAAAAGAAGACCAUCCAUGAGUGACCCACGAAGCAAGGCUUACAAAACAUGCUUCCCUUCUCCCCAAGAAACCAUGCCGAUUUCCGAAGCCUUUCGAAGAGUCAAACUUAUGAGGCUGUUGUUGGAACCUUCUGUUUCUGUUGGUCUUGCUGGAUUCUUUAUACUCACGUGCUGCUUCUUCUUCUACUUUGACUACACACCAUUCGGAUUCUUGGCUCAAUCACAAAGCCUUGCUCUGCCUCCGGUUUCGGUUCCGGAACACAGAGAUAACAGCGUUGAUGAGUUUCUUGGAGAAAAGGGGUGUGAUUUUUUUCAGGGUAAGUGGGUUUGGGAUGAGAGUUACCCUUUGUAUGACUCAAAAGAUUGUAACUUCCUUGAUGAUGGCUUUCGUUGUUCUGAAAAUGGUAGACGUGAUUCCUUUUACACAAAGUGGAGGUGGCAACCCAAACAUUGCAACUUGCCAAGAUUCAAUGCAACAAUGAUGUUGGAAAAACUGAGAAACAAACGCCUAGUGUUUGCCGGGGACUCAAUCGGAAGAAAUCAAUGGGAGUCAUUCUUAUGCAUGCUGUCUUCUGUAGUUACUAACAAGAAAUCAAUCUAUGAAGUAAAUGGCAACCCAAUCACAAAGCACAAGGGGUUCUUAGUUUUCAAAUUCAGAGACUUUAACUGUACUGUAGAAUACUACAGAGCUCCAUUUCUUGUAUUGCAAAGCCGGCCGCCGGCCGGCGCUGCUAGAAACAUUAGGACAACCUUGAAGGUGGAUAAAAUGGAUUGGAACUCUUUGAAGUGGAGAGAUGCACAUGUCUUGGUUCUUAACACAGGACACUGGUGGAAUCAUGAAAAAACCAUAAGAGGGGGCUGUUAUUUCCAAGAAGGUGUGGAAGUUAAGAUGGAAAUGAAGGUGGAAGAUGCAUAUAGGAAGUCUAUGGAGACAGUGUUGAAUUGGAUACAAGAUACUGUAAAUCUUAACAAGAGUCAAGUUUUCUUUCGUACAUAUGCACCCGUGCACUUCAGAAGUGGAGAUUGGAGAAGCGGUGGAAGUUGUCAUUUGGAAACACUGCCAGAGCUUAACAUGUCAUUGGUGCCUAAUGAUAACUGGUCACAAUUUAAAAUAGGCAAUUCAUUGCUAUCAUCACACAAAAACAGCACUGAACUUGUCAAGUUGAAAAUAUUGAAUAUAACAGAGAUGACAGCUCAGAGAAAAGAUGGGCACUCAUCAAUCUACUAUCUUGGUCCGAAUGGCGGCACGGCGGCACUCCAUCGGCAAGAUUGCAGCCACUGGUGUCUGCCUGGUGUACCUGAUACAUGGAAUGAGCUGCUUUAUGCAAUGUUCAUGAAACAUGAAGGCUUCUCAUAGCAAGGAACUUCAAAGAAUCAUGGAAGCAUUAUAUACAGCAAUUCUUUUUUAUUUGUCUUGGGAAGCAAGGACUCAUAAAUUGUUCUCAGCAGUCUCAAAAAGACGCUAACACGUUACACAGUACAAGACUUGAAUUUUGGAGUACAUAUAUACAAUCAUAGAUAAAAGCCUUUGAUUGUGCA